CGAAAUCCAUCUGGCGAGAGUGAGUCGGUGAAGCGGACACGGGGUGUACGUCAUCACUCUGCGACACGUCAACUUGCAGAACUUUGCAUGAGCCAACGCAGCGUCGAAGUGUCUCAGGUUCUGACAUGUGUCAGACGUCUGUGAACUGACUGUGUCUGUAAAACAAUAAUUCCAGCAAUAGUGAUAAAUUCCGGAGUUGAUCGGGGAAAUAUCCGGGUUUAUUCUGACCUCAGAGGGCUUCUCGGCUCGGUUUUGGGUUUGAAGAUGAAUGAAGAAGAACUAGUAGAAGUACUUCAGGGCUCAGGUGGGGAAAGACCCGGACAUGGCUUCUGCUGUGGCAGCCAUCCGCACCCUGCUGGAGUUCCUCAAGAGAGACAAAGGUGAAACCAUCCUGGGCCUGAGGGAAAGCCUGACAUGGGCUACAGCCUGCCUGAAGGGAGUGGACUCCUCUGUGGCCGUGUCCUCUGGAGGAGAGCUCUUCCUGCGCUUCAUAAGCCUCACAUCCCUGGAGCAUCAGGAUUUGUCUCGCUGUAAGAAAGUGAUGGAGGAAAGAGGAGAACUGUUUCUAGAGAAGAUCUCCAUGUCCAGGAACAAAGUGGCCAAGCUCUGCCACACCUUCAUCAAAGAUGGAGCUAAAAUCCUGACCCAUUCGUACUCCAGAGUGGUCCUGCGAGUGUUGGAGAAAGCCGCGGCAGAGAAGAAGCGCUUCUCCGUCUACGUGACUGAAUCGCAGCCCGACGCCGCCGGACGACAGAUGGCAGAAACCCUAAAGAAACUGAAUGUUCCGGUAACCGUGGUGCUGGAUGCAGCUGUCGGGUAUGUGUUGGAGAAGGUGGACCUGGUGAUUGUUGGUGCAGAGGGAGUCGUUGAGAGCGGCGGGAUCAUCAACAAGAUCGGCACCUAUCAGAUGGCGCUGUGCUCCAAAGCUCACAACAAGCCCUUUUACGUUGUCGCUGAAAGUUUUAAAUUUGUGCGCCUGUAUCCGCUGAACCAACAGGAUGUGCCGGAUAAAUUCAAGUACAAAGCAGACACCCUGAAGAGCGUAAAGAACCUGUCGGAGGAGCACCCCGUCAUCGACUACACGCCCCCCUCCCUCAUCACCCUCCUCUUCACCGACCUGGGAGUCCUCACCCCGUCGGCCGUCAGCGACGAACUCAUCAAACUGUAUUUAUAACUCUGCCUCCUCCUUCUCCAAUAAACACCCUUCAAACAGA